UCACCUGUGUGGGCGCGGCCCCCGGUGCCUCAGGCGAGGGGUCGUCGGUGGCACUGAGGGGCGGAGACGACGGUGAGGGCAGGCGACGGUGUGCGAGCCCGAGCGAGAGGAUCCAGACAGACACUCGUUGGACACGUUUGGCGAGCUGGAACGACGUGGACACAUGUUUGGACACUUUUUGUUGUUUUUUUCUCCCCCCCCCACUCACUUUUUCCCCUCACACAAACGGACAGAGUAGCCGUGACGUCACGCUUGGUCCAAACAGUGCCCGGCUUCCGCCCUCUUGAGGGAUUGCGAUGCCCUCUGACUUUGUCGCACUUUUCAGCGGGGACCUCGACCUCGAAUUGCCCGGAACCCUUUCCUCCAAAGAAUUAGUGUAUGACUUUCUGCCCAGAGAGCUGCAGUUUUCUUCCAACAUCCAUCUGAACCCAUUAAGCAUGAGCCAAACCAGCGGUGGAGAGGCCGGGCCACCUUCAGCUGCUUUAGCUGCAGAUGGCAUGUCCUCCUCUAUGACCAUGGAUGGCCCCCGCAGUGCUUUUUCCACCUCUUCCAGCUCCACCAUACCUUGCAGUUCUUCAGCCAGUGACCCUGUCAGUGGCAAUGUUGAGCCAGAGGACAACAGGAGUUGCAGAGCUGUGCCAGAAAGCCUUGGUGCCGAAGGUGGGAGUGGGAACGGCAAUGGCGGUGGUCGUUGCCUGGUCUCCAAUGAGGUUGGAGGAGGGCUAGGUGUGACAUCACAGGAGGACCAGCCACAUCAGCACAUGAUGCCCCCAAAGCGCCGCACCGAACUGAACAUCUCUCCGCCUCCGCAAGACCUACUCAGUGAUAGUCACAUGUCCUGUCAAGCGGAAACAUCGUUGGACUCGGAGCACAGCAACAGCAUCUGGAUGGAGGACUCGCUGUCAAACUUCAGUCUGAUGAGCACAACGUCUUACAACGACAACACAGAGGUGCCACGAAAGUCACGAAAACGCACCCCACGACAAAGGCCAGGGCCCAAGUCUUUGCUUACCAAUGAAGCCAGCAUGGAUGUUUUUGAUGCGGACAGUGCCAAAGGGCCACACUUUGUUCUUUCCCAGCUCAGCACAGACAACAAGACUGGACAAAAAGGAAGUCCGCAAGAAAAUGCUCAUACGCCUCAUCAAAAAGGAGUUUUAUCGAUGCAGUACCCAUCAAAGAGUGAACAGAAGGAACUGAAGAUCCUUGUUCAGCCUGAGCCUCAGCAUCGGGCUCGCUACCUGACGGAGGGCAGCAGAGGGUCAGUGAAGGACCGCACUCAGCAGGGCUUCCCUACUCUAAAGCUGGAGGGUGUGAAGGAACCAGUUAUUUUGCAAGUGUUUGUGGGGAACGAUGCUGAGCGCGUGAGGCCCCAUGGAUUUUACCAAGCCUGUCGAGUGACCGGCCGCAACACCACAGCCUGCAAAGAGGUGGACAUUGGGGGCACGACUGUCAUUGAAGUCCCCUUGGACCCAAGCACCAACAUGACCUUAGCCGUGGACUGCGUUGGAAUCUUGAAGCUCCGAAAUGCCGAUGUGGAGGCUCGAAUUGGGGUGGCGGGGUCAAAAAAGAAGAGCACGCGGGCGAGGCUCGUGUUUCGGGUCAACAUCCCACGUCCAGACGGUUCAGUGCUCACGCUCCAAACGCUGUCGUCUUCCAUCCUUUGCACCCAGCCGGCAGGGGUGCCUGAGAUUCUGAAGAAAUCACUGCACAGCUGCUCAGUGAGGGGAGGAGAGGAACUCUUCAUCAUUGGCAAGAAUUUUCUCAAAGACGCUAAAGUCAUAUUUCAAGAGAAUGUCUCUGAUGAAACGUCUUGGAAGACAGAGGCUGAAAUUGACAUGGAGAUGUUUCACCAGAAUCAUUUGAUAGUGAAGGUUCCACCUUACCAGAACCAAAGCAUCACCUCUGCUGUGUGUGUGGGUAUCUAUGUGGUCACCAAUGCUGGCAGGUCCCACGAUGUUCAAUCAUUUACUUACAAUUCAGAUUCAGCAAACACUGACGUUUUUGUGAAGAAAGAGACAACCUCCCCAGUGAAGACAUGUCCCUUCGAUGAACAAAUUCUGAUGCCUCCUAUAUUGCCUCAAGUGAAGAAAGAAGAAGUCACUCCAAUGGAGGUCACCAAUAACCUCCAAACCUCUGGGGUGUUCAAGCAGACAGUGGACCUUUGUCCAGCACAACAGAACCCAGACAUGUCUACGGGCCAUCUAAAUAAAAACAGAGAAUUUUCCAACACAAUGCCACAGUCCUCGGGUGAACCUGACAAAAGCCAGGCCACAGUUUUUACCAACACAGAGGCUUUAACUACAGUCCAGCCAAUAUUGGGUCUUGGGCAGGAAAGGCAAGUCAACAGCUGUGGUUCUGUAGUGAGGCCAUGUGCUGAUCCUGCACCUCAACCGCAGCAGUUGCCCAUGUUCCCUUCAGACGAAGUGGCCCAGUUGGAGGAGGCAGUUAGACAGCUUAAGCCCGAAGCGUUCGGUAAUCUGCCACUUCAGACGGACAACUCAAUGACCAACCAACAACACCAUAUGCAGCACCAACAGAUCCAAACCCAACACAUUCAGCAGCAACAGCAGCAAAUUCAUCAACAGCAACAGCAACUCCAUCAGCAGCAGGCGCUGGAGAAUCUACAACAGCAGCUAUUCCAAUCACAAAUUCAAAUGCAGUGUGUGAAUGUGGAGCAACAAGGCUCCUCACAAGGUGCUCUGCCAAACCAGGGGUCACUUUUCCAACAGGCUCACCAGCAGCAGCAGCAGCAGCAACAACAACAAGCAACUCUCUUUCAGCAGACCAAUGAACUUCUCUCUAUUCAGACCAACUUCCUCCAGCAGACACCCUCCCACCCCUCCCCACCACCGUUCCACAAUGCCAGUCCUAUAACAGAAGCACACGAUCCCCAGGCGGGUCUGUUUCAUAGCCAGAACUCCUCCCACACUCCAGAGCAAGUGCAGGCCGUGCUCUUCCAAAACAACAUGACAGUUCUACAGUCUCCAGACCAGCAACCUUCGACGCAAAGUCUGUUCCUCCCUCAGACAUCUCUUUCACCUCAGCUUACAACCAGUAGUAGCCAACAACAGCAACUGGCCUUCCUCAAUGCUCUACGAACACCUGCCCCCGAACAACAAUCUGUGUUUCAGGCUCAGACUCAGCUCUCUCCAAUUCAGCAAGGUGCACCAAUGGAGCAACAGCAGCCUUCACAGCCUCAGGCCCUUUCUCAAACAAGUCAGCGUCAAUCUUUGUUUCAGAACAUUGUUCAGCAUCCACCUGCAAACACACUAUCUUCAGGUCAACAACAGCCAGCUGGACUACUAUUCUGUAACAACACCCUACCCACGACAGAACAGACAUCAAACAUCCUCUUCAGCAAUCAGGGGCAGAUUCCUCCUUUGACCACCAGCAGUCUAGUUUCCCCAGAGCCCCAGAACCCUUCUCUGCUUUUCUCACAGGCCAACGUGGUGACGGUGAACCAACAAGUCCGCUCUGAGCCCAUGUCCUUAGGCAACCCUAAUGAUGCACGUCAGCAAGUGCUGUUUCAGGAUCAGCAACCAAUGCAACUUGGAAACACCACAAACAACGGACAAGAGCGGUCUGUGGGGCUCUUCAUGCCUCCACCGAACAUGGCCUCUCUGCAGAGUGGAUUGUCUCAGGAGCUCACACAGUCAACCAUGUUUGGCUCACCGAACGGUGUGGCCAACCUCCAGACGACCACCUCAUCUCCUGUUCAGCAACCAGGGACUCUGUUUCAGUCUGCAGUCGGUGGGACCAUCAGUCAGCCCAGUCAGCCUCAACAACCUGAACUCUUCCUUUUUGGAAUUCAGAACGAAUGUGGUCAGCUGAUGAACGCACCAGGAAACACGCUGUCGGAUCAGAUUAUAGCCAUCAGCCAGUCUGGUCAGAACCAAAGAGAGAGCGAGGCCCGCAUGCAGUCGCUGCUCAGCCAGUCACUGUCACAGUCAGUGACGGCACAGAACGGCUUGAAUGUCUCCCAGAAUAUGGAAAAGAUUAAUGACCUGCUCGUCAGUUGCCUGCAAGAGCCGGGCAGCAGCAUAAGUCGUUCAUACUAAUUUUCAGAGAAGUUCAUGGAUUCCGCUUUCAUUUUUGUCUGUAUGAUAUUAUCAAAUGUACACGAGGGGUCAAAAUAGAAUUGGAGGUUUGUCCAUGUGACUGAGCAACAGAUUGUGUUCUUCCCAAUUCAGAUUUGAUUUGAUCUCCUUUUGUGCUCAGUAUUUAGAGGGGGAAAAAAAGACAAUCGCCUUCAAAGUGAACUAGAGUGAAAUAGAUUUAUCUAGAUUACCGGCAACAGUCGAUGUCUGUAUGUGAAAAUUUUAAAUGUUUUUCCCCUUCAUUAUUUUCCCCCGGGGAGGCGAGAUAGAAGCGAAAAGGGAAGUUUGAAGAGAGUGCGGAAUGAAUGUAAUAUGGUGGCAGUCUGGUUGAAAAUGGUCUAGAAAGUGUAUUGAGAGGUCAAAGGAGAUGAGGCAAAGAAAUUAACAAGAUCGCCAGCGAUUAUCAUGUACAAUAAUACAGAAUGACAUUGUUGACACAUUUGUGUCUUUAUAACAGUACUUGAGAUCUCACCAUGGGCCAUAUAAUGUCAAUCCUUCGGUUUUUAUCCAAUUAUGGCUUGAUUUUUGUCACAGGGUUGAUGAAAUUAAGUCCAUCAAAUACACUCUAACUGGGCUUUAAUUUAUGUGCAUAUUGGAAAACAUGCAAAAAAAAUCAUCCGUAAGAUGUCUAGUGGGGUACACGGGUGAUCUAAGCAAAAAAAAUCAAAAAUAAACUCUUGUGUUAUUUUGAUUAAAUUGCCGCACCUGUGUUUUUAAGACGGGUAAAAUUACUGAGCGAAAUAACGUUCUCGUGGGAUUCCUUUGUUAGCUGUACUACUGUCACAUCUCAAAAUUUAACAUUAUUAGCAAAAGGUAGCACUGAAGUUGAACAUUUGAAGCAAAAGUGUUUCAAAUGAUGUCGUAGACAGAAUUACUUGUAUUAGACUAUGUCUACCGAUAGUACAAAUAACACCGAAUGUAAACGAGUUUAAUAUUGUGUCAUUUGUCCUUUGGAGUCACAUGAAUGGACUCACUCUGCGUCAGGUACGCAUAAACAAGGAUUGUAGUGUAGUGUCGUUGCGGUUCGGAAGCUUUUCCUUUGCCAGGACGGACGGACCGCUUGCUUCGCGGUCCCCUGCUAAAAAGGGUUUGGAGAAUUCAUGCGCUUAAGUCAUUUUGGUAUCCAAUUUUUCAUAGCUACAGCUUUAGGUACAAUCUGUGUGGGUUCACACGCAAGCUACUGGGUGAAGUUCAACACUCCCAACCUGUUCCGUUUUGCAUGCUUACCCUGAGAAAAGCAUGCGUUGCUUUUAAUGAGAAAAGUAAAAAAAUAAGGAAGUGGAUAAAACCUUGUGCCAGCCAUCUUAUCUUAUCUUACCUUAACACUGGCUACUAUAUUGAGCUGCGAAUCUGGACAUAAUUAUUGAUACCUGAGCCAGUGUUUCACUCCCCCUAACAAUGUAUUACAUAUCGUGGAUAUGAAAAAAAAAAGACACAAAGGUGGACAUAAAAAUGCCAGGUUUUGUGAUAUAAAAAAAAUUAGACCAAAGCUAAAAAAAUAAAAAUAAAAAUAAAAACCGUGAAUUUGAAUGUAAUCUGUUAAUCCUAAACAGAGCCACAUCAGGGGCGGAGCUACGUGGGGGUCAGGGGUCAAAUCCUGAUAAGGGUAUUUUACCCCUUCAAACUUUACAAAUGUAAUAGAUUUAUUGAAUGAUAAAGUACACUUUGUGUGUAUUAACAUUCUUUAUUCAUUCUUGGGUAAUUAGUUUGCUAGUGUGGACUGGCUAUGAAUAAAAUCCUGAUGGCCGGCCAGUUUUAUGGCCUGUUUGCGUACAUAUUUCUUUUUCAGUCUUUCUCAUUCAAUAUUUGUAAAAAAAAUCAAAUACUGUAGCAACACAUUUCCUGUCUUUGUCCUUUUUCAUUCUGCUGGUUUUUUUUUUUUUUUUUUUUUU